AAACAUGCAAACCACAAUGCACUAUUUAAUAUCGACAAGCAAGGGCACCUGUUGCAGUCUGCUGUAAAAACGUGCCGUGUACCAACAUGACCAACGCACCGACCUAUAUUAUAAUGCGCACGCUGCGGUGUUCCAUUCUGCUCUUACUGCCGAUGAUGCUAGUGCAUCUGUCCACCGGCGGUCCCGUAUCCGUCAUGUACGAGCGGGUGGAACAGCUCGAAGGGUUCAACUUUAUGGAUAGCCGAAAAAUGCUCAUCCGAAAGUACAACCGGACGGUCACCAUACUGAACGGCACGUUGGAUUUGUAUCACGAUAUUGAUGACGAUUAUUCCUUUACCAUCGAGCUAGCGUACAGUACGCUAGGCAACAAUCAGUUCAUUCGAUCGCCGUUUCGCAUCCCGCUGCAAAAGAUGUGCCAGUUUCUCAACACUACGUACCGGGACUAUCGGGAGUUUUACCGCAACAUGACCAACUUUCCCGAUGCGGGCACGUGCCCGGCGGAGAAGAAGCAGUACUACAUCAAAAAUAAGGUGCUGGAUGCGAAGAUAUUCAACGACUACUUCCAGGCGGGCCUGUGGAAACUUACGAUCCUGCUGUACGAGAAGAGCGAUUUGCAGGUGUCCGUAGAGACUGUGGAGAUGCUUUUUCGCGUUUCUCGCGAAGGACUGUUUAACCGUUAGUUUACAAAGAAGAUAGAAUAUAGAUACACACAUAUGGAGUUAUUUUU